AUGAUGACUGUCUUAACCUCUCCACUUGAUAUUCUUUCUUGGACCAUUAUGGAAAUUAUAUUAGUGAUUUGUGUGUUGGGAAAUGGUUUUAUCAUCUUUGUGAAUGGAUACUACUGGCUCCAAAAUAGGAAGAUGGUCGUUUGCGACAUCCUCUUAACUGCUUUGAGCACCUCCAGAUUUCUGCUCCAUUUCCUUCUUCUGAUGAACAGUGUUCUGGAUUUCAUCUCUCCAGAGGCCUAUUUCAACAGGUACAGAAUGGAGAUUGUAUUCUUUUCCUGGUUGUUUCUGAACAUAAUCAGCCUUUGGUGCAACACAUGGCUGAGUGUUUUCUACUGCCUGAAGGUCACCAACUUUCCCAAUGGUCUCUUCUUGUGGCUGAAGACAAGGAUCAAUGCACUCACUCUCAAACUGCUUGGCAUGUCCAUCGUUGUCUCCACGAUCUUCUCUGUUCCUUCAGCCAUCAGUUACUAUGAUCAGAAGAAGCGGUGCAACAUGACAGGAAUGCAGCCACUGAAUGCCAGCCAAAGCAAGGUUUGCAAAGAUAUAAACACUGUUUUUCUUCCUCUGCAGUUAUGUGUUUUCUCUAUAAAUUUCAUCAUGAAUAUAACAGCAUCCAUUCUUUUGCUCACCUCUCGCUGGAGGCACACCAGAAAUCUGAGGAAGAGCGGCAUUGGUGUUAAGGACCUCAACACACGCAUCCAUGUCAAUGUGAUAAAGCCUUUGAUAUUCUCUGUCUUCUUCUACCUUAUAUAUUUUGCUGGCACGAUAAUUUAUGCAACUCAUAUUGUGAACAGGAGAGAAACUGCAGCAAUGGCUUCUUAUAUUAUGUUCUCUCUACUUCCUUUAUCUCACUCCGUAAUAUUAAUACUGACCAAUCCAAAAUUGAAAACCUCGUACGCUCGCAUUUUAAAUUUCAAAUGGAGAGCUUCAUAA